AUGCGAGCGCGGGUGGAGCUCGACGGGGCACGGGGCGGCCAGAGACGCACGCAUAGGCAUCGAUCACGCACCCAUCCCGACCACCACCACCAGCAGCAACAGCAACCCUCGUCCCCCCUCGUCGCGUCGACGUGCCUCAGCUUCCUUCAGAUGGAGCUCUGUGAGCUACAUCUUCAACCCGAGGAUGAUACCUGGCCCUCGGAUAUCGACACACGUAUCGCUCAGCUAGAUUUUGGCGGUGAUUCGGCACUGUUUGCAUCGAGUUCCGUUAGUACUGAUUCAUUAGAUUCGGAACAGUUACGAGAACGAUGCCGAUUACGAACUGAGGAUUUUCAAUUGACUUUUGCCGAUUCGGGACAUUGGCAAAGCGGGCAGCUUACCACCUGGGGGCGUAUCCGAUCCACGGAGCCCCUGGAUGAAACAACAGCAAGGUAA